AUCUUCCGUUGAAGCUGUAAUAUCGAUAUGCUUUGUUUAAUGUGAUUCAAAUAGUCAUUUCAUAUUUAAAUUCAAAAUGAACAUCCUGCUAUUCUUCCCAUGUAUAUUAUUAUUGGCUAAUGAGGGACUAAGUCUAUCGCUUGAUCCUGUUGCUUCUAGCGAACUAGAACAGUAUAUUAAAAAUGACUUUAUUAUAUCUCUUCGGCAUAUAAGACCGAGGAGGAAAUUUCGCUUGUCGAUCGAGGCUUUAUUCAUGAUUGAUUUUCCGACUGCUAAACAUAAAUUUUCACUUUAUCUUGAUCGAACCGAGAAAAGGGUUACGGUCGAUAUAAGUUCAAAUACAAAAUUGCAGUCAAAAUAUUUAGAAAUACCUGGAAUGAAUGAGACUACCACAAUAAGAUCACUAGCUAUAUUAUUCAAGCAUAAAUCAUUAAUUCUUUUCGUCGACUGUAACGAAGAAACGCGGCUUGAUCUAGAUAUGGAUAUCUCAAAGUUAUACAUGGAAAUGAACGAACCAAGUGUAAAAUUGUUCAGAGAACGUAAAUAUCCGCUUUAUUUGGAUUCCUCCGUGGAAAACGCUCUUUCAAGGACCAGUUGUCAUAAUUUGUUGAAACGCAGGCAUUUAAAAAAAACAGGAUCUACAGAGAAGCUGCUGAAAAAUAAGAAAUCUGUUUACGAACAAGGUGGCAUUCCAUACGAACGAAACAAAAAACGCGAUGUUCGAAAUUGGCAUCGAGGAAGUGAGAGAUAUCGUGAAGAACGCGUUGAAUUAAGAAACCCUAAUACCAGAGGCGAUAUCCCGAUUCUACAUGGAGAUUGCGAUGAAAAUUUAUCAAAAUCUUUAAAUGAAUUAAUAAUGUUGGUAAAAGAACUACGUGAAGAAGUUAGACGUCAGCGCGAGGAAAUUGGACAUUUAAGACACCUAAUUGAGAACUGUGCUGGGUGCCAAAAGGCACCUGAAUCUCUACGGGAGAGUUGCCAGAACAGUAAUCCUUGCUUUCCUGGAGUGCACUGUUAUGACACGCAAGCCGGCAUUAGAUGUGGACAUUGUCCACGAGGAUACGUUGGAGAUGGCGUAAAUUGCAAACCAGGAGUAACCUGUGCGGAGAGACCAUGCUUCUCGGAUGUACAAUGCUUUGAUACAACCGAAGGAGCACAAUGUGGUCCUUGUCCAGAUCGAUACGAAGGAGAUGGUAAAACAUGUCGCUUGAAAAAUAUAUGUGAGGAUAAUGUAUGUGCUGCUGGAGUUCAGUGCUCUGUGAUUGAGCGACCGCCUUAUUUUAAAUGCGGAGAAUGUCCACUUGGCUUUAAAGGAAAUGGAACUGUCUGUCAAGAUAUUGACGAGUGUGAUUUGAUAGAACCAUGUGAUGUGCGGGUUCGCUGCACAAAUCUUGUACCAGGUUUUCGAUGUGAACCUUGUCCACCUGGAUUCACAGGUUUACACAGUGAAGGAUUAUAUGCCACUACAUUUGAGUACGCACUACAGAGGCAAAAAUGCAGCGACAUCAAUGAGUGUGCGGAUGGAUCAGCCCGUUGCGGUAAAAACUCGAUGUGUGUAAAUACUGAAGGAUCAUAUGAGUGUCAGUGUAAUCGUGGGUUUGUACGAAAUUCUACAUAUGGAUGCUUUCCUGUAGAUGGAAUGUGCCUAGAUGGUACUAUUUGCGAUAGGAAUGCUGUCUGUAGGCAUGCCGGUAGUAACACCUACAAGUGUAAGUGCAAAGUAGGCUGGGCAGGUGACGGCUUCUAUUGUGGUUCGGACAGAGAUUUGGAUGGAUGGGCAGAUUUUGAUUUGGGAUGCAGUGGAAACAGAUGUCGGCAGGAUAACUGUAUUAAUAUUCCUAAUUCAGGCCAAGAGGAUGCUGACGGAGAUGGCAUAGGCGAUGCUUGUGACCUCGAUGCGGACAAUGACGGCAUUCUCAAUAGUCCGGAUAACUGCCCCCUUGUGCAUAAUCCGGAUCAGUUAGAUACAGACAAGGAAGGAGGGGACAAAUUGGGCGAUGCUUGUGAUAAUUGUCCUACAGUUGCAAACAUUGAUCAGCACGAUGUAGAUAAAGAUGGCAUUGGUGAUGCAUGUGAUCCAGACAUAGACAAUGACGGAAUAUUGAACGAAAAUGACAACUGCCCCAAAAAAUCUAACUCUAAUCAACUUGAUAGCGAUGGAGAUGGUAUUGGAGAUGUAUGUGACAACUGUCCAAAUGUGGCUAAUUUGAAUCAGAUGGACUCUGAUAAUGACCUAAUCGGAGACGCUUGCGAUAGUGACAUUGAUAGAGACCGAGACGGAAUUCAGGAUAGUCAAGACAACUGCCCUAAACUAGCGAACUCUGAUCAAUUGGAUACAGAUGGAGAUGGUAGAGGUGAUCUGUGUGAUUCUGAUGCAGACAACGAUGGCAUCCUCAAUGGUGAUGAUAAUUGCCCAAUUGUUCAUAAUCCGGAUCAAAUUGAUGCAAAUAAUGAUGGCGUCGGUGACAUUUGUGAAGAAGAUUUCGAUUUGGAUUUGAUUCCAAAUUAUCUGGAUAAUUGUCCCAAUAAUUCGAAAAUAUUUUCAACGGACUUUAGAACUUAUCAAACAGUUGUAUUGGAUCCAGAAGGUGAUUCACAAAUCGACCCAAAUUGGGUUAUUUACAAUAAAGGCGCGGAAAUUGUUCAAACCCAAAACAGUGACCCAGGUUUAGCUGUAGGCUAUGAUGCUUUUGGAGGCGUAGAUUUCGAAGGAACUUUUUUCAUUGACACAGAAAUUGAUGACGAUUACGUUGGAUUCAUAUUCAGCUACCAAGAUAACCACAAGUUUUAUGCUGUAAUGUGGAAAAAAAAUAUUCAAACCUACUGGCAAGCAACACCAUUUCGAGCAUCAGCUGAACCUGGUAUUCAAUUAAAGCUGAUUGACAGUAAUACAGGACCAGGACAAAUGCUCCGUAACAGCUUAUGGCACACGGGAGAUACGAAGGACCAAGUUAAGUUGUUAUGGAAAGAUCCAAGGAACGUCGGCUGGAAAGAACGUACUGCGUACCGUUGGUUAUUGCUGCAUCGCCCAAAAAUUGGAUUAAUUCGACUUCGAGUAUUUGACGGUGAGAAAAUGGUCGCUGAUUCCGGAAACAUUUAUGACACCACGCUUAAAGGUGGACGUCUUGGAGUAUUUUGUUUUUCCCAGGAGAUGAUAAUUUGGUCAGAUUUGGUAUACAGAUGUAAUGAUAAUGUGCCGGAAGCAAUAUAUCGAGAACUGCCUCCACGUUUGCAGAAAGAAGUACAAGUUGAUAACAAAGCGUGA